AUAAAAUCAUGACAGAGUCAAGACCUUAUUUUAUUCCUUCUUGUAUGGCAUAUUAACUACUUAGCUGCUUCAUCCAAAUCGAAUACUAAACGAUAAAAUGCUACUUAAUCUAAUUAUGAAGCAUUACUUUCUCAAUUUAGCCAAAGCAAAAGUACUUCCAAUAAGUUAACAAAAACUCCAUCUUCAAUCAUUUAGUAUGACAAAUUUUAUGUUCAAUAACUGUAAUAAUAAAUAACAGAUUUAAAAGAGUAGGUAAGUAUUUUAUUCUAAGAAAACCAGAGAUUAUAGUAACGAUAAGACAGACAAUUACAAGUAAUGAAGUUCUUUUUUUAUUUUAGAGGAUAAAAGAGCAAUAUUAGUUAUUAACAAAAUUUAGCAAUGUUAUACAAUAAGUGCAACAAUUAAAAAUAGAAAAUCUAGCUCUUCGAUAAAAUGUUUAAUCUCUUAAACUAGAUUUUACUAUUCAAAUGAACCCAUUAAAAUAAUUAUAUCAUCAUAUUAUCCAAAUACCAAAGUAAUAAAUCAAUGACAUUAUGUAAAUAAGAAUACAAUAGCAAGAAAGUAUAAAUAUCAUAAAUCAUAGCCUAAAUUUCUCAAUAAAAAAAUAAAGUUGAGAUUCUCAAUCUGGAACGAACACAACUAUUAGAGUUAUGCUCGAAAUAAGAAGAAGAAUUGAUUUCAAUAUUAUAAAAGUAGAUUUCUAGCUGA